AUGCUGAAAAACCCAAAAUUUAAAGAAUCACUGACUUCUCGAUCAUAACAAUAAGAAUGUUGCAAAUUAUAAGGACACGAGAACAAUCUGAUCCAAUUUGUUUGUGCUUGUCAUGAAUGUCCUUAUCGUUAUCAGAAGGCAUGUGCUCAUUGUGUGAUUAAGUUGCAUGGGAAACACGUUGAGGACAUGAAAGAGAUCGAAGAAUUCGAUACGAUCAUUAAUGAAAACAGCAAGAAAGCUAAGAGUUUGAUAAAGUAAAGUGAUGAACUCUUUUUGCAAUUGAAAAAUCCAUUUGGGAAUUUCUUUGAAUAAUUGAAGCAGUAGUUGAUCGAGAUGAUCGACAGUGUUCAGAAACGAUAUUUGUUGUAAAAUCAAGAGAGAGCAUAAUAACUAAUACGGAAUGAAUUGGAUUUCAUUAAUUAAUUCAAUUAGAAUGUGAAUUCUAAACAGAACCGCUAUUUGAAUGAUCAUUCUCUAAAAUAGUACAGUAAUUCAUUACGAACAGCAUAGGAGAAAUUGAUUAUUGGAAUCUAAUUUGAUAUUGUUGCUAGAGGAUUUUGGCAAGAAUACAGGAGUCAGUUAUAUAAGCAACACUAGUCGAAAUACGAGUUAGAGACAUAGUAGUUGCCACAAUAUAAUGACUCCCAGAUCUGCAUUGAAUUGCAAUCAGAUCUAAAAAAAUUAGAAAUUGAUUAAUUUAUGAGUAAAUAAUCUAAAUAAUAUCUCUCUACGUCGGCACCUCAUGUGGAUACAUCGCAAUUAUCUGGUGUGUCACCCAAAAAGGAGUUUUACGAUGCCACAAAGCAAUUGGAAGCAGCAAGGAGAAGAAUCAGUCUUCUUAGAUUGGAGAAUGAAAUGAGGUAUGGUUUAGACAUUCUAAGUGAGGGAGAAGAAAUUGCAAAUCCAACAAUAAAAGCAAGAACAAUUGAACAGGAUUAGGGAAGAUCACGAACUGUUCAAGGAAUACAAAUAGGCUCAUAAAGAGUAAGUGAACGUGCAAUUGCAGAAUCUAGUGCAUAGAACAAGGAGUAUGAAGAUGCAGCAAUCUCAAGAUAAAAAACUGAUCCAACAGAACUUUCGAUAGAUGAAAGCAAUCUCAAAGAAAUGAGUACAUCAUUCGAUCGAACUUGGAUUCAAUAAAAUAAUAAAAGGCAGAAUAAAAAUAAUAAGUUCAGACUCAAGUCUAACUUGCUCAAUAAACUAUUCAAAACUUCCGCAAACAGAAGUACCUCCGAUUCAUUCAGGAACAUCAAAUCUCCAAAUCUCAGCACUCUCUGGAAGCAGAAACUCAAGAAACAAGAAGCCUAUCUACUGAUCAAAUUAGAUGAAACCACCAAUCAAGUCAACAAACUCAAUCAAAGUGCCUUGAUCAAGCAAUCUCAGACCACACCAUAGACUGCAUCCUAUUCUUGAGAUAUUAUUAUGUUUUACAAUCAUUUAUUAUAUUACUAAUAAA